AUGAAAGCCCUCUGGGUUGUCCAGCGCCUCGGCCGCCAGGCCCAGCGACGCCGAAUCCUCCGCAUCCUCUCAUGCAUCGUCCUCACCGUCGCUGCCACGGUGCUUUUUCUCUAUCUGCUGCUGGGCUACUACCUCGCAAAUGAUCCCCGCCUGGUCCCCGUGGCCUUCCAGCGCGCACGCAGCAUCCUCCUCGUGACCGCGCACCCGGACGACGAGACUCUCUUCUUCAGUCCCAGCAUUACCUAUCGGCGCGACGAUGCACACGUCCAGCGGUCGCUGCUGGUGAUUUCGUCCGGCAACUACGAGGGGAUCGGCGAGCAGCGCCGGCAGGAGAUCCGGAAUAGCUGCGCGGUGCUGCGGAUUGCGGCGGAGCGAUGCGACGUGCUGGAUGUGCCGGAGUUGCAGGAUAAUCCGAGGAAAUGGUGGGACGAGAAGAUGGUUCGGGAUCUGGUGGCGUCGCAUGUCGAGAAGUGGAAGGUUGAUCUGAUCAUGACGUUUGAUAACGGAGGCGUGUCCGGCCACGUUAACCAUCGCGCUGUCAGCGCCGGUGUCUUAAACUAUGUCAAGAAUACGCCCACCGCGCCCCCGGCCUACGCGCUGCAGUCCACCUUUCUCCUCCGCAAAUACUCCUCCCUCCUCGACCUCAUCCCGACCUCCAUCCCCUUCUCCUGGCGCAUUCUGAAAGCCAUCCUGACAGCACCGGAGGUCACCAACGUCGACACGGGCGCCGUGCACGACACCUCGCCACUGGAUGCAUACAAUGACAAGGCGCUGCUGGUCAGCCCCUGGUCCACGUACCUGGUGUCGCGGGCGGCGUUCAGCCAGCAUGCCAGCCAGUACUCGUGGGACCGCUCGUUAUACCUGGUAGUGAGCCGGUACAUGUGGUUCAACAACCUAGCGAAACUAGAAUAG